AUGAGUGAAAUCUCUUAUGACGGAUCUUUGAUUAUACCCGAUGAUGAUGCAGAAGAAACAAUCGAGCCAGAAGAUGCAGUCAAUCCAAUAGAUGCGGCGUUGGCAGCAGAUCUAGUCGAUUCAAUAAAGCCAGAUGACCCUGUCGAUCCAGUCGAUCCAGUGGCUCCAGCAGAUCCAGUGGCGCCAGUAGACCCAGUGGAGCCAGCAGCACCUCCAAUGCCUCCACCACCUCCAACGCCUCCAAAACCUGCUGUAAAAUGGAGCGACAACGCCAGUUCUCAACAGCUUAUCAUGCGUUUGGAGAAGUUUGUGAUCAACCAGAAUCUCGACAAAAGCUAUAAGAAGAUUGCCACCGAUGGGAUUUCCAGUAGUAAACGGACGUUAGAGUCACUAUUGGCUCGUAACGGAGGUCAUCAGAAUCUGUUAAGCGAAGAAAUGAGCAGAAUCAACAAUAAAAACUACACUUUGGACGCGAAUGGACGAGUUUGUCUUGUUAAAAACCCAUCGAAUGAGACGAGUCGCCAUCAAGAACUGGUAACCCUUCAAAAAGAUACUCAUGAACUCCGGUGUCUUCGAGAAUAUCUGAUGUUGGCUCUGGAAGCAAUUAUGCAUAAUCAUCGAGAGAUGAUGGUGAAUUAUGUGCAGACGGUCAGAGAAACGCCACGACAGAUACCACAAUCAGCUAUUGAUAAUGCUAUGGCUAAAGCCAACACCGAAACCAUUGAGGAUUUCGUCCAAAUGACGCUGGCCGUCGACGAAACCAUUGCUCGCGAGGAGAUUCGAUCGGAACAACGGAAGAAACUGAAGAAAUCGAUUGAAGCGGAGACUUUUCUGAUGCGAAUGAUGCUUGAAAUGGAGGAUAUCCGAGAGGCAAACGUCGAUGAUUUGGUUGCAUUGUGGAAAUCCCAUCAACGCCCUGUCACCGCCAAACAAUCUCCGAACCCAGCCGUAAACAAAGCAUCUGGCGACACCCCUCAAAUCUAA